AGCGUUUCGCAGAACCAUGAGAUUGGCUUUCCCGACUUGAUCAUGGCGGCCGAGAAGUACGAGCGCAAGCUGGACAAAGCUCUGCGCAAACUGCACACGGCGGAAGCCAACGACGAUGCCGAGGACAUGUUGUCUCUGCGAGUGAAGGUCGAAAAGUACGAGCGCAAGAUCAAGCAGCUGGCAACACCGUCCACCAGCGACGACGUGGACAAAUCGGGCAUGUCGCUGCUGCUCUUCUACGCGUACGUGGAGCCUGCAUGGAGCCCAGUGCGCCACAAGGACACGCUUCAUUGGGCCGAAGGUCUGCUCAACUCCCUCGGUGUCACCGGUCGGCUGCGGGUGUCUCGCGAAGGGUUCAACGGCACGUUGACAGGUCCGUACGACGGCAUCCGCGCCUUCACCGACGCCAUGCGGCUGCGCGACAACGGAUACUUUGCCCACAUGAACAACCAGGACGACUUCAAGAUCACGGACAACUUACCCGAAGGCCAGGCGUUCCCCAAGCUCAAAGUAUUUGCCGUCACCGAGCUGGUGAAUUAUGGCUUGGGUGUGGACAACGCGCCAAGUGUGAACAAUGGCGGCGUGCAUUUAGAGCCCAAGCAGUACCAUCAAAAGCUGCUCGAGGACAAUACCGUCGUGAUUGACAUUCGCAACAGCUACGAAGCCGAUAUCGGCCGGUUUGCCCCGCCCACCGGCGCCGAAUACAUUGACCCCAAGAUGCGGGUGAGUACAGAAUUCCCAGCUUGGGCCAAAGACAAUAUUGACAGGCUCAAGGACAAGCAAGUGCUCAUGUAUUGCACGGGCGGCAUCCGAUGCGAGCGGGCGUCGGCUUUGUUUCGGAGCUUGGGGCAUGACAAGGUGUUUCAGCUCAAGGGAGGCAUCCACAACUACCUGACCGAGUACGCGAGCCAAGGGGGGGGGCUAUGGGUUGGCAAGAACUACACGUUUGACAAGCGAUUUGCCCACGGCGCGACCGAAGACGACGAUAAGAAGGACGCGGAUAUCGUUGAAGCACCUACGUCGGAUGAGAUUGUGGGCAAGUGCGUGGCGUGCUCCAAGCCGUGGGACAAGUACCGCGGCCGGAAGCGGUGCCCGGUGCCGUGCGGCGUGCCUCUGUUGCUGUGCAACGAGUGCCUGGCGUCGGACGUUGCUGCGAAAUGCUUUUUGUGCCAAGAAGACGCCCACAACGGCACCAAGGACCGGUUCAACAAGCGACAACAUUACAACCAACUGGCUCUCAAGCACGACAACGUACCGCGAGACGACGUGCCCCGAGGGAAGAAGGUGGCCGUCCACGCGUGCGGCGUGUGCAAGGAGACCUUCACGAGUCGCAACGGGCUCUUCAAGCACGUCCGCGCCACCGGCCACGCCGACCGCAAAGCAAAGAAGCAAAAAGUUGCAGCGUAGUUCGAAGUUCCGGAUAUAAUACAAGUUAGUCGGUUCGAAA